CCACUUCAUCCUCUUCAUCAAUCCCUCCUACUCUCCUGUCUCCUCACCAGCCUUACUCACUUUCUCUUACUGCCCCUUAAUCUCUCCAUUAUUUCUCCUAUUCUCCCCUCAGCCUCUUCAUCGCUCAUUUUUCUCUCCCCAUCUCCCUUUAGUCACUAUCUUCCCUUUCCCUGCUCUCCCUCCUCACCUACAAAUGCCCCUCAUUUGUCUCACCCUCUCAUAUUUCAUUGUCUUUCCUUUCCCUUAGUUUUCUCUCAUUCUCUCCCACCCUUCCUUCAGCCUAUUCCUUUCCUUCCCUCCCCACCCUCUCCUCUCUCCACCUCCAUCUUUCCUAAUUUCUUUCUUGCCUUUUCUCCUAUUCCCUCGCACCUCCGCCCUUCCCCUUCUCUUUCGUCCCUUUCCCUCUCCCCCAUACUUUCCACAUUCCCCUCUAUUACAGUAAUCCCUUCUUCCCCCUCCCCUCCCUCUCGUCCUCAGUCAUGGCCAGCUCACGGUGACGGUAUCAUUGUAAUAAGUGGUGCCUUGUAACUCUGGACCCGUUUCCACAGCGACCGGACCCGGCAGCCAGUCGAGAGUGCAUCGAGGGGGGGAGAAACCGAUCGUUAGGCAUCACUUCGGGUGAAGGUGCUGGAGUCUGAAUGGAUACUUGGUGCUUCAACAUCAAGUCUAGGAAGUCGUUGCUUGUGACACCAGACGGAGGGACGCGGGGGCUCCCCACCUGGUAUAAGGAGCCGAGGCAUAGCCUGAUUCAACAGAACGCUCACAAGUGUAUUCUAGAACUGGGAUCAGCAAUUCAUCAGCAAUACAUAGAAGCAUCCAAUAUUAAACAGGAGCAGUCCUUGGAGGAAGCAAGAGCAGCUGUUUUAAAUAGGGCCUUGAAAGAGGAAACAGAAGCAGUGAAAAAUGCUCUUCUUGUGGCUGAGCAGCAAAAGAAUAAGGAAUUGGAGCUAUUGAAGAAUAAACUUAUUGGUGAAAUAAAGGAUGAAGUACAAAAAGCUGAGGCCAAGAUGCAGUGGAAACAUCAGCAGCAAACCAGAGAGGAACGAGAGGCUGGAGAAAAACGCCUGGCUCAAGAAAUCCAGCAGACAAUUCAGAAAUGUGAAGCUGAAAAGGAGAAGGUUGUACAGGAAGCCAUAGAGGAACAAAAGGCCAUUGCAUUGCAAAACCUUGAGGAAGUAGUAUUAAAGAUAAAAAUUAAUGCUGAAUACCAGAAAGAAUCUCUGGUACAAGAAUCUCUGCAGAGCCAGAAAGCUGAGUAUGAGAAAAUAAUUCUACAGGAAGUAGCUAAAGCUCGCCAAGAAGAGAAGGAGUUAGCUGAAGCCCCCAUUGUUGUCUUACAAAGCAGACAUCAAUCUGAAAUAGACCAGUUAAAAAAGAUGCUGUGUGAUAAAGACGUUAAUCUCAAAGAUGUUUAUGAGCGUGUGGAAACCAUGACCAUCUUGGAACUGGAGCUGGAGAUGGAGUUACGGGAGACAAGACAGGCUUUCCAGGACUAUAUUAAUCUCACUUUUCCAAAUUUACCUCCAGAACAGUUAGAAUUCAUCCUCCCAUCUCGACCGAUGUGCAGAGAUUUGUCCAACCCAUUGCGUGUUUGCAAACCCCACAAAGCUCAAAGCCGGCGACAAAAUUAAUAAAGAACACUUAAAA